AUGCCAGUCGAAACCCACCCAGAUUUUCAAGUUGUUAAGUUAGUUGUCAACGUUAAAGGAAAAGAACCAUUUGAUGUUCCAGUCAGAGGAGCUGACAGCAUUACUGUCACAAUUCCAGGUGGUGUAAAGUACCACAUGACCAUGCAUUUUCAAGUUAAGAACAAGAAAUAUGAAAACCUCCGUUACGUUCAGGUAGCUAAAAAAGCAGGUAUCACCAUUAGAACCAGAGAAUUAGAAAUUGGUACAUAUGAACCAUCAGAAGAUACUGUUUACACUAAAGACUUCCCAGAAGAUGAAACUCCAGGCUCUUGGUUGGCAAGAGGGAUUUACUCUUGUAAUUCCACAUACUAUGCUGGUGAAGAGAAAUUGUUUUCCAAUGACUGGAAUCUUGAAAUAGUUGCAAAGUAA